AUGGCUCGCAGGCUCUGCUUCACCUCCCGGUUACUGGUCUGCUGGUUGGUGAUAACUGUGGCAGAAGGACAAGAGAUAGUGACUCCUCCUGGAGGCUCAGGAAAUAACGUAAACCCCAAAGACUGUCAGAUCUUUUCCCUCACUCCUCCACCCACCACCACAGGGAAUCCUGCAACAAGGGUCCAGCCUGUCACAAAGGUCCAGCCUGUCACAAAGGUCCAGCCUGUCACAAGGACAUGCAAAUAUCUCCUGGGAAGGCAGCUGGAGAAAGGAAGCUCAUCCGAGGAAAGCAAAGAGAAAAGAGAAACCACUGAAACACGCUGA